GCAUUUGAAGGUCAAGGUGUUUGGUUAGUUCGAGAUGAUACAUACACUUUGGAAGUUAUGGAAAAGAAUGCAGUUGUUGAACAAAAUACAGCUCUAUUAAAUUUAUUUUAUCAACAAUUGGUAGUCAAAGGCAUGUCAGAUAAAGAAGGCAAGACAUUU